AACGUUUUUUUACAAAAAUUCAAACAAAAAAAUACAUCAUCGUCUUUUUUUUUACAAAAAAUUCAUCGUCUUUUUUUUUACAUCGUUUUUACAAAAAUUUUCUUAUAAAAAAUUCAUCGUUUUUUCUUACAAAAAUUCAUCUUUUUUACAAAAAUUCAUCGUUUUUUUGUUAUAAAAAAAAUUGGAAUAAUAUUUUUUAAUAAUGGGACAGCAAGUAUCUUAUUUACCUACUGAAGAUGCAGAAACAACUUAUCAAAAAUAUCGAAAACUUGCUAGUGAAGAAGCACAACUUCGUAAUGAUUGUUUUGCUCAAUCACAAAUUGCAUAUAAAUCUCGUCGAGGUAAAGAAGCCAAGGAAUUAUCACAGAAAGGUAAAGAACAUACAAAGAAGAUGGAACAAUAUAAUAUGAAAGCUGUCGAAGUAAUCUUUAAAGAAAAUAAUAAAAACAGACCACUUAAUGAACUUGAUCUUCAUGGAUUAUAUGUUAAAGAAGCUUUAUUAAAAACUGAAUCAAGAAUACAAUAUUGUAAAGAAAAUAAAAUUGAUCAUUUAGUAAUUAUUGUAGGUCGCGGUAAACAUUCUUUAAAUGGUAUCGCAAAAUUAAAACCUGCAAUUGAGCAUCUUAUGGAAAAAUAUCAGUUUCGAUGUAUUCCAAAUAAGCCAACUGUUGGUUGUCUAUACGUGGAAUUUGGUCAUAAACCUAAUUUAUCUUGGUUGGAAUCUUUAUUUGAAUCCAGAUGUGUCAUUUGUUAACCCCCUUGGAAUAUUUUUUUUCACGAAAUUAUAAUAUAUUGUACAUAUAGAUUAUUUCAAUACAUACAUUUUUUAUUUCCUUUUUUUCAUUGUCAAAUUUUUUAUUUAUUUUUC